AUGGCGUCUUCUUCUGACCCGUGGAUGCGAGAACUCAGUGACGCAUCAAAACUCGCGGAUGAAGUCCGCGAUAUGAUUUCUCAAAGGAGCUCAUUGCUGCCCUCCGGACCACAAACGCAACGUCAUAUGUCUACAGCUCGGAGAAAGAUGACAAUACUGAGAACAAAGCUCGAGACUUUGCAAUCACUUUUGUCUAAGCUCCCCAGCAAGCAGAUACUAUCGGCAAAGGAGACAAAUCGACGCCGAGAUAUGCUCGAUAAACUGAGUGUUCAAGCAGGCGAGAUGGCUCCUACUCUCAACAUGUCAAUGUCUGCUGAUAGAGAUAACUUGUUUGGGCUCAACAGAAAACAGGAUGAUAUGAUGAAGAAAGCAAACGACUUGGACAACCAUGGUCUUGUUAGCUUUCAAAGACAAAUCAUCAAAGAACAAGAUGAAGACUUUGCACAGUUAGAGGAGACAGUGGUUAGUACAAAACACAUUGCAUUGGCAGUGAAUGAAGAGCUUGACCUACAAACCAGACUUCUGGAUAACUUGGAUGAGCAUGUGGAUUCAACGAAUUCACGCCUACAGAGAGUUCAGAGGAAAUUGGCUGUGCUCAACAGAAAGACCAAAGGCGGGUGUUCUUGUUUAAUCCUAAUGGUCAUUGCUAUUGUGAUUUUGAUAAUUUUAAUAUGUGCACUGAUCAAAUAUUUGUAA